AUGGCCAACGGCGGCGGCUUGAGGCUCCGCAGGCGGGCGGCGCAUGCUGAAGGAGCACGGGUCGGCGGCGCUGCCCGUUGGCGAGAGAAUGACGGCAUGCGGGCAGGUGGCGGGCGCGAUAACUUCCGCUUAGCGGCCCCUAGUCGUGCCACGUCUCGCUGGACGGACGCUCCGAGGCCGCAGCGAUCGGUAUUGUUCACUCUUCAAGUGUGCAACUGUUCUCAUCAUAAUUUACCUUUCCAGACAUCCUUUGAAGAAAGCCGCUUAAACGAGUCAGAUGUUGGCGACAGGCAGAAGUGGUUGAAAGAAGGAAUGGACUGCACUUUGUUAUACUGGAAUGGACGGAUCAUUGAUUUUGAUCUCCCCAUCACUGUUAGGCUGACCGUAACCGAGGCUGAUCCAGGGCAAGGUGACAGUGCACAAGGAGGAACAAAGCCUGCAACCCUGGAGACAGGAGCUGUUGUCAAUGUGCCCUCUUUCGUUGAUGUAGGCGAUGAUGUCCUAAUUGACUCGAGAACCGGGCAGUAUAUGAGCCGAGCAUAGAGUGGAUACCAGAAGGCAUGCCAACAGUGAAGAGCUAGUUUUCUUGUUCCCCCAUUUUUGGUUUAAUUAUCCGUUGAAAAGUUCACGACAUCGUUUUUUCUUCUCAUUUAUCAUACUGGGACCCUCUACACUACACCGGGCGUGAAAUUCUAUAAUUUUCUUCA